ACACAAGCACGUGAACACACAUUGCCCAGAAACACCCGAUCUUUCUGCUUCUCUCUUCCGCCGAGUAGUCCUCUCAAAGACUUCGAGCUUCUCUCCCCUCUUCACUCGUUCCGUCGAGAAAUUCUCUCGUUCCCUCUUUUCCAAGCGCGAGGCAUGGCGUCGUGGUGGAACCAGCUGGCGAUUCUCGGCAUUUGCGCGCUGGUCGCGGUGCUCGUCGCGCCGGCGGCGGCGAAGCGGCCCAGCAAGGAGGAGGUGAUCGCCGAGGUGAAGAGCGCGCGCGAUGCACUCAAGAACCCCGCGAUUUCCAGCAAAUACCGGAUAACCACCACCUUCCUCGACCACUUCAUCCCGAAAUUGGAGUGACAAGGGGUGGGCCUAUGUCCAGUACUAUGAGCAGGUUAGGGAUGACGGCGUGACAGGUUGUAAGGCGCUCAAGUGGGCAACAUUCCCGGGGACUCCGAGGCUGCACAGGGACAUUGUUGAUGUGGA